AUGUUUGCGAGAAUCUUUAAACGUGGUCAGGUCCUUUGUGUCGCGAAAAAUUUGCUCGGAAAAAACCGUUCCUUUCACGCGACAAUAAGGAAGGAAUCGCCGCGAAUAUUGAUAACAGGUAGGCUUAGUUUGAUCGCUUGAAACGACACGGCUUAAUACCCGCUCCUGUGUUGUUAUUCAAGAGUUUUUCGCCUCCUUUGGAAUGCCCUUCGACACGUUUUAAACAUUUUUGGUUUCUUAAAUUAUUUUCAGGGCAACACGAGGUGUAAAACGAAACGAAUAACAUGUAGUUAUAGAUAUUAUUUACCAUGUGUUCAAACUUGGUUCAACCGGGGCUAUGACUGCAAUUUCCCGGCCCAAAACAUGCUCUAAGUGACCAAAGAUUGAAAAUCGUUUUCGAUAUAACGGCUUGAACGUUAACCUUCUGUUUGUUUUCACAGGGAGUUUGGGACAACUUGGACGAGGGCUUGCCAAAAUUUUAAGGUAGUUGAUAUGUCCUUAACUCAUAGUUAUAUCCGGUCGAUCUUAAUUGACUUAAUAAUUGCUAGGAGCCGCGAUGUUGGAUCCUCUUUUGGUCCAUGUAUUCUCUAUUGCCUUUUCUUUUACAUUAGACAGAAACAGAUAGGAAUAAUUGCUUCAUAUUUACUUUGAACUGUUUAUAUAAAUAUUCAGCAGAUGUCUCAUAUUAACACGGAAUGUUAAAAAGUUUGCAGUGAGUAAAAAAGAAAGAACAUUUGUGAACGAUUGCUGUUUGUUUGAUCAGCAUUCACGGAAGCAAACAAGAUAGAAACAACUCGCUGGCACAAAGGCCAUUUGUUGCGGUUAGUUAUAAUUUGGAAAGGAAAAGAACAACACAAUUUUUAAAUGACUCUCCAGACAGUUACGGUGUUAAAAACUACAGAUGUAGCAGACAUUUUGAUACCCUGCGAGCAGAGGCCCUUAGAUCUUCCUAGAUAAGUCGGCUUAUCUAGAAAGGUCGAAGGGCCUCUGCUCGCAGGGUAACAUUUUGAUAAUUAGCAGACAUCAUUUUUCAUUAUAAGUUGCCUUUCCAUCUCCCUCCUCGAUCUUCCAAGAAAAAAGAUGAAAUAAAUUUAAGUGUCUCUAAAGCUCAUUUGAGUGUUCCUGAUCCCAGAAUCAAUAAAACUUAUUACUGUCUUGAUACUUAUAAUACCGGAGUUACGUAACCCUGGGUGAUUAAAAAUGCAAAAAAGUCUUUUGAAUAAGUUUGUUAUGUAAUAUAUUUUUCAAUUAAAUAGAGAAAAAUAUGGAAGAGAUAACAUCAUUAUGUCAGAUAUAGCCAAGGCAUCCUGGGAUGUAUUGGAAAGUGGUAAGUUUCCCCUUAUCUGCUGGUACGUUAAUAAUAAUUUAUUUAUUUUUUCCUCAAUGUACCAUUUUAUAAUCAUAAUAUUAUGACAUUUUUAGUAUAGCACUUGAUUUUAUUUGUGUAUUAAGAAGCAUCAAAAGGUGAAGCUGGUCAUUUCAAACCACAGAGUCAAAAGUUUAUAAUGUAAUGACCUUUUUCUUUGUUAAAGUCUCACUCCAAGAGCAUCAGACUUUGAAACAUUUUGACAUAAUAAUAAAUAGAAUUAAGGUAGCCUGAAUUUCAGACAAUGACUUCGAGUCGUUUUUACUGCCUCAGUCACCGUUAAGGGGAUUACAAAUGACUCAAAGUAAUUGUCUGAAAUUCAGGCUAAAUAAAUUAUUAAGGAUGAAAUUUGAUUAAUAUUUUCAUCUAGGACCAUACAUUUACGCGGACAUUUUGGACUUCAAGAAUCUACAGUCGAUUGUUGUCAAUGAACGCAUUGACUGGUUGGUUCAUUUUAGUGCCAUUUUAAGUGCUGUGGGAGAACAGAAUGUGUCACAAGCCCUGCAGGUCAACAUUGAAGGUGUUCAUAAUAUUUUGGAACUGUGUCGCAGGAAUAACUUGCGCCUGUUUUGCCCAAGUACAAUUGGCGCAUUUGGUCCCGAAACCCCAUCAAAUCCAACUCCUGAUCUGACUAUUCAGAGGCCAAAAACAAUCUACGGAGUUGCCAAAGUGCAUAUGGAGCUCCUUGGAGAGGUAAAGUAAUAGAGAGCUUCCAUAGUUAAUUGUAAGUCAGAAUUUUUCCAAAUCAUAUUUCAAGUCAAUAAAUACAGCGUUAUUUGCAGUUUUUUUAUGGAAUAAAAAUUGGCAUUUCAUAAAGAUCAAUAUAAAAGGCCUUACAGCAUAAUGUUAUUUUCUCUUUCAGAUUAUAUAUUUAGAUGAAAUAAUAAUAUUGGCUGCACAUGAAUAUAGACCAGCAAUACUGUACUUGUUUUAGCUGAUUCAUUCUGCUGGGUAAAAUAAAGUUGUUGUUUUUUUACCUUAAUUUUACUCUUGCAUAGUACUACCACCACAAGUUUGGUUUGGACUUCCGCUCAGCAAGGUUCCCCGGGGUGAUCUCGGCAGACACUGCCCCAGGGGGUGGUACAACUGACUAUGCUGUCCACAUAUUCCAUGAAGCAUUGCGACAAGGCAAAUACAAAUGUUAUCUGCGCAAAGACACAAGGAUGCCGAUGAUAUACCUACCUGACUGUCUGCGAGCUACUGUUGAGCUGUUGGAAGCACCUUCAGAGAAUCUGAAAUUGCGCACAUACAACAUCAAUGCCAUCAGCUUCACACCUGAGGAACUGGCCAAUGAGGUGCGCAAGUUCAUUCCCAGAUUAGAAAUGGCAUAUGAACCAGAUGAAAGGCAGGCUAUAGGUGGGUACUACAAGUACUGUAUAUUAAGUAUACGAUGGUUAUAACUGACAAUGUUGCAAACUGCAUGUAAAAAGAAGUAAACAAAACUAAUUUCCUGUCAAGUGCUGUCAAUCUCAGUACCCAAUAAAAUUAUAAAUCAUAGUGUUUUAUUUAUAAAUUAUAAAUCAGUGUUUAAUUUUUUUCAGACUAGUAUAAAAUUAUAUUUAGUUACUUGGCUUAAAGUGUCUCAUUUCAUGCAAAUGAAAUCUGCAGAUCUAAAAGCGAAUGCACCCUUAACUUGACCAAAUAGUGAGUAAAAUUGUUUCUGAGCUGAUUAACAUUCACUGAAAGGGAAAUAUGCAGGAGAAAUAAUUAUUGUCUUUAAUUUGUUAUUGAUCAUAAGUGUCUUUCAUUUUAGCGGAUAGUUGGCCACAAGUCUUGGAGGACAGCAAUGCACGCAGGGAUUGGGGCUGGCAACAUGAGUAUGACCUCAAUGCCAUGACAAUAGCCAUGUUGGAAGCACUGGCACCAACAGUAAAAUCCUCUGCAGCUCAGCUCCACUAA